UUUUUUGUAUUCUGUCUGGCAAAUUCAUCACUUCCAAGCGGACCCUUUACCGCCUUCGUCUCUUCAAACCCUUCUGUCAUUUUCUUGCUCUCUUCUUCUACAAAUCUUAUGGCCUUCCCUUCUUUGCUAUUUUUAUUGAAUUAGGUUAAAACUCUAUUGGCUGAAGCAAGAACAAGGUCGUCUUGGGUUUGCAGGGAUCAGAUUCAGAUCGCUUCAAUUCCGCGUAUUCUUCGUCACCCAUUAUCGCAGAACAGAGUCUUCCCUGUUUACCUCCACCGUGUUCACCUCACAGUUGCUUCUUCUGCAGCCUUCAAUACCCCAGCAUUCAUCAUUUUCUAUCGUACAAGCUCUGUUUUCCUGCUGCGCGGUUGUUACUUUGGAAUCUUACGCGAAAAGAAAACACUUCAUUGUCAGAAUGUCAAUGGAUCCAAAUGGUCAAUGCAGUGAAGCUGUGAGUGAUGAUAGGCCAAAUGAUUCUCCUUCCAAUGCAAACUUAUCCAAACAUGGUGUUAGCACUUCAGAAGCGGAGGAUGAGAAAGAUACCGAUGACGAAGAUGAGGAUUUAGAUUUUAAUCCUUUCUUAAAGAAUUCCCCAUCUCUAGAAGCUUCUUCCAGCCUGAGCUCUGAAAGUGAAAGCUUGGAUUAUGAUACACCUAAAGACCAAAUUAAUGUUUCCCUGGCUAGUAAUAUCUUGUUGAAUCCACCUGGUCUUCAUCAGCAAGAUUACGCGCUUCAAGAUUUAGAUCAUGGUAAGGAGAGUGUGACGUGCACAGAGGCUGUGAAUGAAUACGUGCAAGAAAAGGAAUCAGAGAAUGAUUCUGAUAUGAAAUUCAAGAAGAAGAGAAAAUUGGAUUUAAUUUCUCAUUCUGAUCCUGGGGCACUUAAUGAUUCGGUGAACAACAUAAGCAGAGGAGUAGAUGAUGGUAUAGAUGUCACAGGCGAAGGAACUUCACGUUGUCAGAAGCUAUUUGAUAUAGAUGAUAAUGAUGCUAUUUCUAGACGUACUAGAGCUCGUUGUUCUCUUGCUAGUUUUACGCUUGAUGAGCUAGAGACUUUUCUUCAAGAAACAGAUGAUGAAGAUGAUUUUAAAAAUGCUAAUGAUGAAGAAGAAUACCAAAAAUUUCUUGCUUCUGUAUUACAAGUUGGAGAUGGUGACGGUGGGACAUGUCAAGAAAAUGAAAAUAUUGAUGAUGAAGAUGAAGAAAGUGAUGCAGAUUUUGAACUUGAACUUGAGGAGGCACUAGAAAGUGACCUUGAUGAAAACAUAAAACAUGAUUUGCAAGAAGAACUUAAGAUGUCUUGUCGACGACCUACAACCAGGCAAAAUAAGUGCAGGGCUGCUAAGCUGGGCGCGGGAAAUCCUGUGAGGCUGGGAAAUAGGUCAUUGCGACCAAUCUUACCAAGUGCACCGAUUUCAUCUUUUCCUGUCUUGGUACCUCCGAACUAUGUUUCUUCUUCAGAGCAUAGUGGCGCUAUCAGUGGAUUCACUCCAUACCAGCUUGCUCAGUUGCAUUGUCUAAUGUAUGAGCACACACAACUUCUAAUCCAAGUAUACUGCCUUUGCAUUUUUGAGCCUUCUCGAAAGCACAUUGCUUCCCAAAGCCAAGAAUUGAUUAUGGAGAUGCUUCACAAACGUGAUCAAGCGAUACACCAGAGAAGGAAUUUGUGUGCUUCUGGCACAGUACAGUCAUCUGAUAUGAGUUCGAUGGAAAAGCACCAAUAUGCUUCUAAUGGGCAAGAGAUUCAGACUCAAACUACUGACAGCAAUGUCCUACCAUCUGUUGCUGGCCCCAUACCCUCUGUUCUUGAUAUUACUCCACUAAGUUUAGUUGGAAAUUUUAUAGAUGAUGUAACUGCUGCUAUGCAGGAGUAUCAACAAAAAUGUAUCCAAGCUACUUGUGAUAAUCCUGUUGAAAAGGAUCCUCUCUUUCCUUUUCAGAAUGUACAAUCUUCUUCUCAAGCUGAUACGGCAGUAUCUAAAGGCAUAAUUGGUCAAACAACAAAGUCACCUUCUUUCCCCAAUGAUUGUCCACCUAAGAGGACAUUGGCUGCUACAAUUGUUGAAAAGACCAAGAAGCAGUCAAUUGCUCUUGUUCCAAAGUCUAUUGCAAAAUUAACUCAGAGGUUUUACCCAAUGUUUAAUCCAGCGCUGUUUCCUCAUAAGCCACCACCGCCAUCAGUUGCAAAUCGGGUUCUUUUUACAGAUGCUGAGGAUGAGUUAUUAGCCCUAGGUUUGAUGGAGUACAAUACUGACUGGGAAACAAUUCAACAACGGUUUCUUCCUUGCAAGUCAAAGCAUCAGAUUUUUGUUAGGCAGAAAAAUCGUUCAUCUUCAAAAGCACCUGAAAAUUCAAUCAAGGCAAUAAGGAGAAUGAAAAACUCUCUCUUGACUGCGGACGAAGUAGCACAUAUUCAAGAGGGAUUGAAAGUUUUCAAACAUGACUGGAUGUCCGUGUGGAAAUUUGUUGUUCCAUAUCGAGAUCCAUCAUUGCUCCCACGUCAGUGGCGCAUUGCUAAUGGAACGCAGAAGUCAUAUAAAGCAACCGCAGACAAAAAGGAGAAACGCAGAUUAUAUGCAUUCAAUAAAAGGAACCUUAAACCUGCUUCUCAUGCCUGUCGCACUAAUACUGCCACUGAGGAAAACAGUGGGGAUGAUUGUGUAGAUAACCAAGACGAAACCUAUGUUCAUGAAGCAUUUCUGGCAGAUUGGAGGCCUGGGACCUCAAUUCCUCUUCCAUCUGAAGUUUCAAUGCCGAUUAUGGAGAGAAACCAACCAAAUCAUUUUCCGUUACAAGAUAGUUCCCAUUUGAGUGAACGGAUGAAUAGUUUUUCAAUAGAUUCUCCCUCUCAAAUUGCUUUUAAAGGUCCAACUGGUUAUGUCUCUUCUAUAUCUAUGUCAUCCUCCCACAGCUCACAAGGAUGCUCUAAGUCUGAUAGAGCUCGCACAAGAAAUAGCACCUUAGUAAAGUUGGCUCCAGGCUUGCCUCCUGUUAAUCUUCCUCCAUCUGUCCGAGUAAUGUCCCAGUCAGCUUUCACAAGCAAUCAUCAGGUUGUACCUCUUAAUACUAUCCUGCCUCCUAAAACUGGUGUUCUUACUCCAACGUCGGAAGAAAUCAUUUCAGCACUUCCUCAGGUUGAAGCUUCAGGAAGAAGAAGAAAAAGUAUUGGGUGUCCUUCAGGAUCUGCUGCGAUGAAAAAUAAACCUCUCGAAAGUAACUCUUGUCUGUCAGAUCUAGACAUGCAUCCUUUGUUUUUUCAGGCCAAAGAAGAUGGCCAAUUGCCAUAUUACCCACCCAAUUCUGGAAAUUUGGCAACUUGUUUAACUCCCGUCUCUGGAAAUCAGCCUCAGCCAAAUCUCAGUCUCAAUCUCAAGUCUGUAAUGUCAAAAAUGGGGUCUUCAUCUUCAUGUGCAAAUGCUUUUGAUUUCCAUCCUCUUCUGCAAAAGGAGGGCAGCAUCAAUGAUUUCUUUAUUGAUAACUCAGCCAACCAGAUCUCUUGUGUUAAUUCAGAGACAUUACGAGAGGAAUUUCCUCCUCGUCAAAGUAAACGUAAUGGUAUCCUGCCCAAGCCCAGGGACCACUGUAGUCCAAAAGACCGGUCUCGAGAACUGGACUUGGACAUCCGUCUGAGCUCCACUCCUAGAAAGAACAUGGCCACUACAGGUCCUGAGCAGAAUCUAACUAGGUCGGCCUUAGAUGCCUCAGGUGGUGGAAGUACCACAGGACAUGAAACUAGAAAUGUAUGCCAUAAGCAAAGCAAUUCAGACAAGCUUGAUUCAUUGGUCAUAUCUGGUGAUAAUGCUGCUGCUGCUGCUGCUGCUGCCUGUGGUGUCAAUGAUGAAGUUGACCAGUUUGUUCCAGAAAUUGUGAUGGAACAAGAGGAGUUGAGUGACUCUGAUGAAGAAAUUGGGGAGGAUGUAGAGUUUGAACAUGAAGAAAUGACAGACUCUGACGAUGGAUCUUAGUUGGAACAUGCUAGAGAAACUUUUAGUCAGGAACCAAGAAAGGAUGCAGCAACACCUAAAUGAAGUCUCAAAUGGUGCCCCUAUAGGGCUAGAGAAAUUGGGGAGGCUUGACGACAACCCAAGUUUUUUUGUUUAAUAAAGAUACAUGUCAAUUGCAGCACUGGUAUAAUUUCUUUAUAUUAUGGAUGUUGUGUUGUUGCGUACUAACCACCUAGAAAUUCAUGGUUUAUAGAAAAUAAUAAAGGAUGGGUAAAUAGUGGUAACGUUAGUGGUGUAUGCAUGUUAUGAUGAAUGAAAUGGAUUGAAUCUGGUGUUUCA